AUGAAGCCGGAAUCCUUCUCGAAGAAAGCAAAGAAGCCCCCCCCAAUCCCCAUAGCCCACGAUAAGAAGCCACACCUCCUCCCUCGUCGUCACGUAGCAUCCUCCUACACCGCACCCGUACCCCCGUACACCGCCCAGAUUCCCUCUCCGGCCGGUGCCUUUUGCGUGUCCGCGCCUGUUUGCAAAUCUCCCACAUACAACAAGGACUAUGAGCCAGCCCCGCGUGGUUACAUCCAAACCAACCCACCCAACAACACGCCAGGGUCCCAAAAGAAGUUGGUGUGCAGCCUGCGUAUGGGUAUGCUACAGCCUACCACGACGGUACCAAUGCCAUCCCGCCAGUGCCAUAUGGCUUCAAGGUACUCCGUGCUCCCUACCGACCUGUUGCGCGUGGGGGGUUGCACGCUGUCCCGGCGCCGGAGGCAGUUUUAUACACUAUUUAACUCCAUCGUUUUGUAUUACUAA